CCUGCGCGCCGCGUGCAUGUCCCCCGAGCAGCUCCCCUCCGGGGCCGUGCUGGCCCGGGGCCGCCGGGAUGCGGGGCCGGCGGGAGACGCGGGCCGGUCUCCGAGCGACCUCGCAGGGGAGGCAGGCGGGGUUUCCCUCCUCGAGGAGACCGCGGGACAGGCUGGUGAGAGUCCGGAAUGGACGGGGAUCCGCCGCGACCCUCCCGUGUCGCAUGGGAAAGCCAGCGUCCCCCAGCGCCCCCAGGGCCCGUCCCCCCGCCUCAGCCGUUGUCCCGACCCCGGGGAGCACAGCAGCGCCUGGGGGGAGUUUGAAGGCUUUCGGGAAUCUUCAGCCAAGUCUGAACAAUUCUCUCGGUCCCUUGGACUUCUGGACAGACCCGCUCCCGCCCCAGAGGAACGUGGUUCUCCGCAGCCGCAGCCGGGCGGGGUGACAGGAGCCGCCGCCCUGCCACCGUCUCAGCCCAUCCUCAGCUAUGAGAACAUUUUUAAGUUUGCUUUUCAAGAAAUAACAGUCCAACAGGCAACUGAGGAUGUUUCCACCUUAGACCAAUUCUUAGAAAUAAGAAGUGGAGAAAAAUCUGACCUUGCAUCUGUACAUAAAUUGUGUUCUGAGUCAAGAAAACUCUGGAGAGCUCUGCAGAGCACAGAUACCACCUCUGCUUCACGGCGCCUCUGGAGUGAAUCCCGCUGCCAGGAAAACUUCUUUCUUGUUCUUGGCAUAGAUACUGCUCAGAAGAUGCUUUCUGGAGGCCAGGGUCACAUUUUGGAAGGUUCCAACCUUAAAGAGCCUGAAGAACUCCUGGCUGUUGGCAGCUUCCGUCUGCACCACUGCAGAGCCCUGGUCCAGACCACACUCUCAGGGACACCCGGCAGCCGGCACGGAAGCCUGAUUACGUACAGCCUCUUUCUAAAGACCCCCUUGCACGGAAACAGGCAACACAUCACAAUUCCAAGGAAAAAGAAGAUAUUCACUCCACGUAACCUAAAAAUGAUGUUCUUUAAUAGUGAUGUUUGCUAAACACAAGAGUCCUUUGUACUGUCAUGAGGAAUUUUACAUUUUCUUACUGGUUUGGUUUGGUCCUGGAAACCAGACCUAUUCUAUGGGGCUAUCUCCCAAAUUCCAAGUCAGUUUCCUAGGAUCUGUCUCUCAAGGCCCGUCCUGUACGCCUGGCUGGUUCCAGGUCUGAGCAGGAUAAAUGGGGUGUGUCCCUCGGCAGGGCCAGCCCUCACAGGGUGGGCAGAGGCUCCUGGGUGCGCUGGCAAGCUGUCGGGCUCCAGGUGGCAGCACAGGGCACCCAGUGAAGGACGCCGGGCUUGGCUUCAUUGCCUGGGGACACCUCUCUGUGUUGGAUCAGUGGGUUCAGAAGACAGGAGACAACAUAGAAAUGUUGCCAAGGAGACACUCUUGACAGCGCCCAGGAAACCCUCCUGUUCCAUGCUCAGCCCUUGACCCUGGGCUCCACGCAAGUCCCCAGAGUCUCACAAGUAUGCUCCCGCGGGCCCUGUCCCGUAGCCUGGGGACAGGCCUUUCUCCCCCACGGUGCUGGAGCAUCUGAGGGCCAAGGGCCUCCAAGGUGGAGUCAAGCAAUCAGCACUGACUGUGUAAGCUUUCAUGAAUA